AUGGAAAAAAGCAUUGGGUCUCUUGGGUACCUUCUCUUUCUCUCGCCGAUUCGGAGAAAAAUCUUGGAUAGUGUGUCCGCCUUCGACGCAGCAAAGUUAGUUAACUUGAAGUUGUGCGUUUUGACUGCGAAGGAAAAAGAAAGAUAUCUUAGGCCAAUCCGAGAUCUAGUAUGGGAUGUACCUGCGGUUGAAAGACUUUCACGAGAGGGCAUGAAAUUGAUGUUGCUUGGAGACGGCGCUUGUGCACUCGAGCAGCGGUUGCGCGCGACGGAACGUUAUUUGAAUUCUCGCGGGAAUGGAAGACUCACAAUCUACUUAUUGGGCACAUUCCCAGUUUUCACGCCAACAACGACGACGCUCGACUCACUAGUCGAAUUCAGCACUACAGGACAUUCUAACCCUGUACGGUUUAACUGUGACAAGUAUCAACUAGGCCGCGUUCGCGCUGUUUCAGACAUAAAUGCGAAGGGAGACUUUCUUAUGAGUUUUAGUGCGCCAAUGCAAGCGUCUCCUAAUCCUAUUAAGGGGUCUUGGUAUAAGGUAGACGAUGUUCCAGAUCGUACAGUUGAUUUGUGGGUGUAUGUGCCUUCUUUGCGCGACCGUUUUCGCAAAGAAGUUAGGCUAACACCACUGGACGUGCUGCGGAUGAUGGGAGCAAACCCACUAUCCGUGUCACUACCGCAUUUUCCUCUAAAACCAACGUUCAUUACGACAUGUAUAAAAAGAAACACUCGCGGUGCAGCACAUAGUGCUUCGCUCAGUUCACUAGGUUUCAUAUUAAUAAUGAGCCAGCUAUUUCAUCUAUAUACCGGACGCUGUCGGUUAAGGAAAUGGUCGCUUACAGCUACGGGUGUACAAUUGUUAGAAUUAACUACCCUGGAUCAGUUUUUAAACGACGAGGUUUCUGCGCGCCAGCUGGUCGCACACUAUAGAACAUCUUCGUUUAGUGUUGAUUCGGGCUCGCGCGCAACGAUCGAUUUCACGCAAGUGCCAAACAUACAGCUCUUCCUUGAAGUAGCCAAAUUUAGCACCCUAGGCUGGAGAGUCACUCUAAGUUAA